AUGGCAGCGCUGCGCCCGGAGCCCCGCGCUCCUCCUCGGCUCCUCCUCUGCCGGCUCCUGCUGCUCCUGCUCGGCUGCACCUCCUCCUGCUCCUGGGACCUGGUUCUCCUGCACACCAACGACGUGCACGCUCGCGUGGAGGAGAAGUGCGACCACCGGGGCCGGUGCUCGGGGGGCGUGGCCCGGAGAGCCACGGAGGUCCGCAGGGUCCGGAGCUCCGGGGGUCACGUGCUGCUGCUGGACGCCGGAGACCAGUUCCAAGGAACCGUGUGGUUCAACUACUACAGGGGGGGGGAGGCGGCCCACUUCAUGAACCUGCUGCGGUACGACGCCAUGACUUUGGGGAAUCACGAGUUUGACAACGGAGUGGAAGGACUCAUGAAACCGUUCAUGGAGGAGAUCCGGUGUCCUGUGGUCAGCGCCAACAUCAGACCGGACGCGACCCUGGCCGCGACCUUUGGGAAGUCCUACCUGCCCUACAAGAUCCUGGAGGUGGGGGGGCAGAGGGUCGGCGUGGUGGGCUACACGUCCCAGGAGACGUCAGCUCUGUCCAAACCUGGGCCUCACCUGGUGUUCGAGGAGGAAGUGGACGCUCUGCAGCCGCACGUGGACAAGCUCCUCACGCUGGGGGUCAACAAGAUCAUCGCCCUGGGUCACUCCGGCUUCACCAAGGACCAGGACAUCGCCAGGAGACUCCGCGGAGUGGACGUGGUCAUCGGAGGACACACCAACACCUUCCUCUACACGGGGACUCCUCCCUCCUCCGAGGUGCCUGCAGGGCCGUAUCCCUUCCUGGUGAAGUCAGAUGACGGGCGCCAGGUUCCCGUGGUGCAGGCCUACGCCUUCGGGAAAUACCUGGGUUAUCUGGAAGUGACCUUUGACGAGGCUGGAGACGUGGUGAGGUCCACAGGAAACCCCAUCCUGCUGGACAGCAGCGUGCCGCAGGACCCGGACGUUCUGGCCGAUGUGGAGCGAUGGAAGACGAAUCUGGCGAACUACUCAGCUCAGGUGGUGGGACAGACCCUGGUCCUCCUGAACGGAGAAGCAGAGGAGUGUCGUUUCCGGGAGUGUAACCUGGGAAACCUGAUCUGUGACGCCAUGGUCGACAACAACAUCCAGCUCCCAGACGAGCUCCAGUGGAACCACGUCAGCUCCAGCAUCUUCAACGGAGGCGGCGUCCGGGCGUCUGUGGACGAGCGGACCAGAGGAGGUUCGAUCACCAUGGAGGACCUGAUCUCCGUGCUGCCGUUCGGAGGAACCUUCGACCUGGUGCAGCUGAGGGGCUCCACGCUGAGGAAGGCCUUCGAGUUCUCAGUGAGACGCCACGGCGAGGGAACCGGAGAGUUCCUCCAAGUGUCCGGAUUCCGAGUAGAGUUUGACCUCUCCCGACCUCCAGGACGCCGCCUGACGAGCCUCCUCAUCCUCUGCACGGCGUGCCGCGUCCCUCUCUACGAACCCGUGCAGGACGAGACGCUUUACAGGGUGGUGCUGCCGUCCUACAUGGCGAGCGGCGGGGACGGAUACGCCAUGAUCUCCAACGAGCUGGUCAAGCACAACAGCGGAGAUCUGGACAUUUCAGUCGUUUCCAGGUUCAUCACGCAGAGACAGAAGGUUUAUCCUCCGGUUGAAGGACGAGUCAGGAUCCACAACUCGGCGUCGGGGGGGCAGGGACGAGCUGCUCUGGUGGUUUUCCUGUCGCUGCUCUGGAGUGUGUGUGGGGUCAUGUGAGACCGAACAGGAAGAGGAAACGAUGUCUCAGCUUCACGCGUUUCUGUCCUGGUCACCGAUUCCACUGCAGUACCUCACUUGGACACUAGGGGCUGAGCUGCGACGGCUUAUUAACACGUCUGCAGACUUCCUGUGUUUCCAUGACAACAAAUUCAGAUCAACGAGCUUCAGUUUGUUGUUCUGCUCAGAAACUUGAUCGGAGACGACAGAUCUUUGUAGAAAAUGAUUUGACGACCGAAAUCUUUUUUCUGCGUUUGUGUAAAAUAUCUUAAAAGUACAUUUUUACGUUGGAUUCUAGAAGUUGAAAUUUUUGGCUAAUGAAGAACUUUUCUGAGAAAAAGUGAUUAAAAGAAAGAAUGAAAAAGACAAAGCUGCUCAUUCAAAGAUGUUUGAUCAUGUACUGUGUGUACUUGUACUGUGGCAGGAGUAAAUAAACUUUUAACAUUU